AUGAAGAUGAUUGAAUGGGCACAUAUCGUUGCGCCGGCCGCCGCCGCUGCGUUUAUUCUCAUCCUGAUCGUUGCCAUUAUCCUUCACUGUUUCUGUCAUCAGAGAAAAAAAGCCUCGUCCGAGAUGAACCUAAUCAGAGUCGAAAGUAUCCGACAAGGCAUCCCUAAUAAGAUUUCCGAUCAAAGUAAUGUUUUCCGGCGAGAUCUGUUCAAUUGGAACGAUCACCCAUCUCUAGUUUCCGACGCCGUCGAAAAUGGGUGGUCAAGAUUUGCCUUUUCCGGCCAGUAUUCGCCGUCGUCAAUUCUGGGUCCUUGUAAUUCCGAUUUGAUGCAGAAGAUUCAGUUAAAUCCUGGUUUAAUCAAAACAGUUUUACCUUUACCAGGUCCAUCAUCUUGUUUUCCUCAAGAAGCUUAUUUUGAGAUUACAAUCUUGUCUCUUGUUGAAAAAGAAGAUGAGAAAAAUAACAAAACUUUAAGAGAAUUAUUGAAGAAAAACGGUUAUUUAUCAGUCGGGUUAAGCCGAGGCGGGUAUACUCCGGCGAAGUUUCCGGGAAGCUAUCUUGGUUCUAUUGGGUUCAAUUCCAACGGCUCCAUUUAUCUCGAUGGAAAGAAGCUUACAUCCGGAUCUAUAAACGAACAAGAUGGUUUAGAAGAAGGUCGGGUAAUUGGAUGCGGGUACAACCCGGAAAAGAAAGAAGUGUUUUUCACAUCAAAUUCUGAGUUGGUUCAAAAGAUGCAUAUUAGGUCUGAGGAAUUUGGAAGUCCUUUGUAUCCGAUUGUGGCAACCGAUAUUAAGGUUACUAUUAUGGUAAACCUUGGACAGACCGUUUUCAAAUAUGGUCCGGCUAACCAAUAUCGGAUGAACCGUGAUCCAUGUGUGAACUCGUCUAAUGGUGAGGGAUUCGAUUUUGAAACGGAAUCGGAAAGUGAUUUAUUUGAAAUUGUUUUAGAUAAGUUUGCAAGAUUUGCUAAUUGA